AAAUUAAGAUACAAAGAAACUAUUUCAAACACAUAAUAGUCGGUCCUCAAUUUUCUCGCUUCAGGCAGAUUUAUAUUCUAUUUAUGCCUUUAAUUAAAAAAAUAAACACAAACAAAAAAUGCUCACAAGCUAUUUUUUUAGACACUUUCCUCCGUAACAUGAAAGGAUUCUUUUAAAAUUUAUUUAAACAUUUUUUAAAAACUCUUUUCAUUCAAAGCAAUAAACAUAUUUCUGCUAAAUUUAAACACGUUUCACUUCAAUAUUGAGAUUCGGCUGAACGUUGCACCUCCUGUUUCCAGAGGAAUGACCGAUGAGAGAAUGAUUAACGUGGCUGGUAAUGAUGUGUGUGUGUGUGUGUGUGUGUGUGUGUGUGUGUGUGUGUGUGUGUGUGUGUGUGUGUGUGUGACAGGAGGUCCGGAUGACGGACAGAGAUCACACUCUUGGACAGAGACAGCCGAGCAUCUGACCGAGAGACGACGAGCAGGAGCACCGACCGGAACAGAGACGAUUGUGCUGUAUGAGUGUUGCUCUUUUUUUUAAGAGGGGAAAGUCUCCGGCGAGAGGAAGUGAAUAAAACUCAAAGGAUUUGUCCCUCCUUUAAACAAAAAAGAAGAAGAAGAAAAAGAAAAAAAGAAAGCAAAGUGCUCCUCGGCGGCCAGCGGAGUGGAAGUGCUCAUUAGGAGUGUGGAGCGGCGACCACGAUGUCCAGGUCUGAGGGAGCAGCCGGAGAGAAGCGGGAGUCGGUUCAACGGAGGUGAAUAUUCAUCAAUCUGGGCAGCCUCCAGCGUGCUCUUCAUCCUCAUCCUCCUCAUCCUCCGGCUGCAACUUCAGGCUCCUGCAGCAAAAGGAAACAGAAUCAACUCCUCAACCGGUCCCCGGCCGUCGGGCUCUUCCUCCACGGUCUGCGGCAGCCUCAGUGUUGUCGCCAUGGCGUCCGCAGCUCUGGAGCUGAUGGGCUUCUUCCUGGGCCUGCUGGGGAUGCUGGGCACCAUGGUGGCCACCGUGCUGCCGUACUGGCAGAUCUCCGCCCACAUCGGCUCCAACAUCGUGACGGCGGUGGCCAACAUGAGGGGCCUGUGGAUGGAGUGCGUCUACCAGAGCACCGGCGCCUUCCAGUGCGAGACCUACAACUCCAUGCUGGCGCUGUCCUCCGACCUGCAGGCCUCCCGGGCCCUCAUGGUCAUCUCCCUGGUGCUGUCCGUGCUCGCCGUGGCCAUGGCGGCCCUGGGGAUGCAGUGCACGCUCUGCCUGGAGGGCGCCGGCGCCGCGAAGAGCCGCGUGGCCGGCACCGGCGGCGGGUUGUUCCUCGCCGCGGGCUUCCUGUCGCUCAUCCCGGUGUCGUGGACCACGCACGAGGUGGUCCAGACCUUCUACCAACCCAACGUGCCGUCCAGCUUGAAGUCCGAGCUGGGGGAGUGUCUGUUCAUCGGCCUGGCGUCCUCGCUCAUCUCCAUGCUGGGGGGCGGGAUGCUGUGCGUGUCGUGCUGCGGCGGCGGGAGGCGGCAAGCCGGGGGUUACCCGUACCCGGCGGGAGGCGGCGCGCUGGGCGCGGGGCCACGGACGACCUCGCAGACCUACCACAACCCGGCCCUGCAGGCGGGGGGCGGCGACGCGCUCGGGAGGGUCCGCAGCACCAGCCACGGCUCCCAGUCCACCGCGCCGGGGGCCAGGAAGCCCGCCGCGCCAGGAUAUGACAUCACAGGAUACGUGUGAGGCUCACGCCGUCACGCCUUUUCAAUGCCCGAGACCCUCCAAGUAUUUGUGUAUCCAAUCGAAUGUUGUCACUGUCUGCUCCAAGGAGCACCUGGACCAAUGAAAUACACAACAUGCAAACGAGUCAACUUUCUGACCCCAUCGGACAGUUUUGUCUUUUUAAUUUUAAUGUCAUCUUUUUAAAUGCAUAUAGUAUACAAUUUGACAUGGGUGUGGUUAUUAUUUUUUACAUUUUUUAUUACGUGUAGCCAAAGUACGGACACUCGGAUCCUGAAGGACAAAAGUGUCCCAAUUGAAUAUCUAGAAUAAAACAUUUAUGAUUUAUUUUUUUAUUUCCCACCUGAUUCAGCCGUUUUCUCACGUUUAAAGGUACAUGAUAUUAUAUACACGAUAUAUACACGAUAUUUUACUGGUUUCAUUAAAAAAAUGCAUCAAAAUGUC